AUGACGAAUGAAAUAAAUGUUGCAAAAGAGAAAGUGCGAAAUGAAAAGACAGAAUUUUUCUCCAACGUUUUGGGUAGUCCACAGGGAAUAAAAAAAAAAUAUAAUGAUAAUUUGAAUAUAUUUGAAAAGUGCUUAAAAAAGGGAGAAAAUUAUACCAAUAAUAUUAUGAACAAUAUAAACGGAAGUAAUAGUGAUGCUUCAAAAGCUGCAAAGGAUUUAAUAUGUCAUGAACCCUUCAAAUUAAUUUAUGAGGAUAGUUGCACACAUGUCGAAAUACCAACCAUAAUGCUCCAAGGGAAAGAAAAAAUAUAUAAUAGCAGCACAUAUUUUGGUACUUCUAUUAUUAAUAGGCAUAAAAACAAGGAGAAAGCAAUUUGUAUAAACAAAAUAAACAAUUUAAAAUUAUUUUUAAAAAACAAUUUAAAAGAAGCUAAUUUGAAAAAUAGACGUAUAUUUUUAAACAGCAUUAAGAAUAUCGAAGAUAUAUUAAAUUAUAAUUUUCGUUUGAUAAGAUGUAAUACACAUAAAAAUGAUAUGUCUCUGUUUUGUGAGCAUGACAACUUUGUUAGACAUAUACCGAUUGUAAAGAAUAAAUUACACGAAUUAAAAAUUGCAGAGAUGAAAAGAAAUAUAAAACAAAGUACUUUGAUGAAAUCAGAUAACAUAUCAUUUAUUGUCAAUAAUGGUUUUGCAGAAAAUAGUUCUAAUCAAUGUAUAAAUGAAAAAAAAAAUAGUAAAACUUAUAGUAUAAAUAAUAUUUAUGAAGAGGUAGAAGACGCAAAAAAAAAAAAGUACAUAAAGAAAUCACAUAAAGAAAACUUGAAUAAGCCUUCAAACAAAUCAAACGAGUUGAAACAAUUUUCUAUUUAUAGCAAAUUAAACGAAAUACAAUGUGUAGAAGAGCCUGGUAUGACAUAUAAAUGUGUGUAUCCACAAAAUACAAAAUUUAACGAUGAUAUUAAAUGUCGCCAUAAUGUAGAUAGCUCGAAAGGAGUUCAGAUAGAAAAUUUCCCAAUUGUGUUCAAUUCUAAAUUUGAAAGCGGUAACUUACAAUAUGUAUUAAAGGAAAAGAAUAAGGAAUAUUAUUCUUUAUUUAUAAGUAGUGAUAUAAGAAUGAAUAAGAAGACAAAUCAAUGGUUUUAUUUUAGUGCAAGUUAUAUACCAAAUGAAUAUUACACAAACGAAUUAAAAAAAGAAAAAGAAAAGAGACAAACAUGUAUGAAUGAAUUUUUAAAUGAUAUAAAUAAAGAAGCAAAUUAUGAUCAUGUAAAGUGCUCAGUGGAUUUUUCUGAUAAAUUCCUUGUAAGUAAUAUUAAAAGGUUAAAAAAGCCAGUUUCUGUAAUGUUUCGCAUUGAAAAUAUGUCAAAGCCACAUUUUUUAUACAAAGAAGGAUAUUCUCCAUUAGUUUUUUCCGAGUGUAAAAACAUAUUUGAAAAUAUACAAUGGGAAAGAAAUGCUUAUAAUAUAAAAUAUAUAAAAAACAAUAAAUCUAGAUAUUUUAAUACUAAAAAAAAUUGUAUUGAAAAAUUAUCCUAUACUACUUAUACGUUGGAAUUUAGCUAUGACUUUAUGUAUACAUGUGACACUGUAUAUUUUUCAAGUUGUUAUCCAUAUACUUAUUCAUAUUUAAUGGAGUAUUUAACUUCUAUAAAAAAUUAUGUAAAGAAAUCCAGGACAGAUAUUAAUUACAUCGAGGAAACAUUGUGUAAAACAACUUGUGGUUUUAAUUGCCCUAUUCUGGCAAUAACAAAUUAUGAUAAAUUAUAUAAAACGUCAAAAGAGUAUAAGAAAAAUAAAAAAUCCCAUCCAGAAUGGGAGGGUGAUAUUUGCAUAGACAAUAUAUUUAGUCUUUAUAGUAAUGGAAAAGAAAAUAUAACUGAUAAAGUAAAUAAAAAUUCUAAAUUUCAUGGAUCCAAUAAUAUAAUGAAUACUAUACUCGAUGAAAUAGAUUUAUCUAAAUAUAACAACAAAUGCUUUAAUUUUACGAAUUCGGAUAAUUUCGAUAGUUGUAAUGCUGUAAGCACAUUUAAUGAUAAAUUGUGGAUGUAUGAUUUAUGGGCCUUUUCAAAUGAAUUAGUUAAUAAGCCAAAUAUUGAUACAAAUUUUGAUGGAGUGAGGGAUUUGAAUAAUUAUCAAGAUAUUAGCACUUUUUAUAACAAUACUAAUUGUAAAUGGUCAGACAAUUUUAUGAGCGAAUUUUCAAAUUUAUUAAAAAAAAAAGUAAUUUUAAAAAUGGGUAGAAGUAAGAAAAAUGAGGAGAAAAUGGUAAUGCCAUGUUUAAGAGGGGGAUCAUUAUUAGUUAGUUCAAAUAAAUUGGAAAAUAACUCAAAGGAAAUCACAAAAGAAAUAAUUUUUUUGACAUGUCGUGUGCAUCCAGGAGAAACGAAUGCAAGUUAUGCAAUGCAUGGAUUUUUAUCAUUUAUUAUAUCAAACAAUAUAUAUGCAAACAUUUUACGAACAAAUUAUAUUUUUAUAAUUAUUCCGAUGUUAAACAUUGAUGGUGUGGUACUUGGACAUAAUCGAUUUUGUUCAAACGGUUUCGAUUUAAAUAGGCAAUGGGACAAACCUAUUUAUUACUUACAUCCAACAGUAUAUACAACUAAAUCAUUGCUUAAAAAUCUUCAGAAGAAUAAUAAUAAAAUAAUAUUUUAUUGUGAUUUUCAUGGUCAUUCCAGUAAGUAUAAUUGUUUUUUAUUUGGCAAUUCAGGUACAAGAACAUUUUUAAAAAAAAAUAAUUAUACUGAAUAUUUUGCAAAUGUCAUUUAUCAAUCUAUUCCGUGGUUUUCCUUAGGAGAUACCAAAUUUAAAAAUUUGAAUGACAAUGAAGGGAAAGGUGGAACAGCUAGAUAUAUAUGUGGUACGGAAUUAAAAAUUGAUUGUAGUUAUACCUUGGAGUUAUCUUUGUUAGGGGUACGUGUAGGAAGAAGUUUUAAUUAUUUUCCAAGUAUUAGGAAUGGCAGUGCUGUUGAUAAUUUUGGUAAUACCUUUAUACCACCAUUUGAACAAAUUCAAGGGGGAAUGGGUGAUGUGAAAAAAAAUAUUAUGAACUGUUCAGAAAAAAAUUGUAAUGAUUUUGGUAAAUCGACCGAUAUAAUAAAUGAUAAUAAAAAUGAGAAGAAUUCAGAUAUUCUUUGCGGUUUGAGUAAAGUAAUAGACACCAAGUCCAAUGCCAAAAUGAUUGUUAGGAGGGGUUCUACUCGAUGUUACACUAACAAGGCAAAAGCUAACCGAAAAGAAACGGAAAAAAACGCAAGCGAAUUUGAGGAUUCAGAAAAUUAUCAAACAAAAUUGUGCAUGAGUAAUAAGAGCAAAUUGCAAGAAAAUAAUGGGAAUAGUAGUAAUAAGGACAACUUUAUAUUUUUUAAUGAAAACCUUUUAUUGGUAACGGGGGUUAGUUUUGGGAUAUGUCUUUUUAAAUUUAUGAAUUUGUUUUUGCAUUGCAAAAGUUAUAAAAAAACGGAUGAAAUAGGAAGUGAGGCUUUGCCAAUUUUAACGAAUAAUUUAAAUUGUAUGUGUGGACAUACUUUGGAGAUAACAGAAAAUUUUCAAGAAUUGAGUGUAAAAUUAAAUAAUAUGAAUAAGUCAGGUAAUAAAGAAGAAAGUGGUAUUAUUAUUAAAAAAAAAAAAUUGAAUAAAAAUGAAUGCUUAAAAAUUAACUAUUGUACUUUCAACAUUGAAAACAAAAUAAAUAAUAAAAAUAAUUUACAAUAUGUUACUAACGAUGGUUGUAACGAUAGCAAGAAAGUUGUAAAGGGUUAUGCAAAAAAUAAUGAAAAUAAAAAUAGUAUAGUUGGUAGAAUGAUUGAUGAUAGGAACAUUUCAUGUACAUAUGUAAGGAAUAAUUAUGGGGAUAAACGAGUAAUAUGUCCUAGUCAUAAAAAUAUUUGUUUGGAUAAAAAAUUAAUAAAAAACUUUGAAGUUAUGGAAGGAAAUAAUUUUAAUGAUAAAAAGGGUAAUAAAUGUGUUUUAGCUAGCUCAAAUGAAAAAGAUAAAAAAAAAAAAACAAUAAUAAAAAUAAAAAAUAUAUAUAAUAAUAAUAAAAAUAAGCUAGUAACAAAAAUGAAAAAAAAUGGUCACAAUAAUGGGGAGAGAAAUAAUAACAACGAUGAAGAUACAAAAAAAUAUUACACUGCUAAGACAGGAAAUAAAAAACGAUUAUUAAAAGGUGAAGAUGAAAAUGAUAAACAUAUUUUGAAAAUAAAUGAAUUAAUAAAUUCAGAUAUGUUUCCAACUAUUAGUAGUUGUAACAAUAGUAAUAUUGUAAACAAACUGCAGAAGAACAAUAGGGGAAAAUUAAAUAUUAUUUCAAAUGGGCAUUAUAAAAAAUAUGUCAAUAAUAAAUAUAUAAAUACAAAAUGUGUUAUAAAAAGAAAAAGGAAAAUACGAGUAUGCAGAAAGAAGGAAAUCAGUUUUUCAGUUAAUCCCAAAGGGCCCUCUUGUAUAGAUAUUAUAAAAAAUAUAAUUAAAAGAACGGAUUUGGAAAAUGAGGGUUAUAAAAUAUUAGAAAGUAAAAAGAGCAUUGUUUGUGAUAAAAGCCGCGAUAAGCAUAAUAAGAAAAAGACAGAGAGUGGUAGAAAAAAGAAGAAAAAGAAAAAAAAAAUAUUAAAAGUAUGA